ACUUCACGAGGAAGAAGGUCGUGUGGAAAGUUCAUGUGUAUAUACAUGUGAAUUGCAUAAGAUUGGUAUUCGUAGUUAAGGGUGCGAGAUAGAUGCAUUUAUGUGUUAUUCUGUUUUAAGUUAAUAGCAGUUUAUUUAGGUAUAUUUACUGUGAAUAAAUAUAAGGUAACAAAUUUAGAAAGUCUGCUCAUUUUAAGUUGAUCCUACGCCCUUGAAGUGAAACGUGAGCGGGAAGCAAACGGCGUUCUUCUGGCAAACAACCCUCUCUCAUUCAGUCUUUUGGAAAUAGUCACUCUUGUUACACUUGUUCCUGUGGCUGCAUACAGGUCCCGAGAGAGUUUUAGAUUAAGUGUUUGUGAAUAUGGUUAAAGAUUCUGACAUGCCAUCUGCAACUUGUGAAACCUUAAAUGGUCAUUCUAAUGUUGAUGACAAAGAAAAUUAUGAAGAUUUAACACAAAAGUUAAAAUCUUUAUGUGAUACAUCUCUUCCAAAGCAGACAGUUAUUAAUGAUAAAACAAAAUAUGUUGAAAAUAUUUUAACAAAUAAAAACUGUGGUUCAUUCAUCGAAGAAGAUGUUGAUGAUGGUGUAUUUCAGAAAAUGGAUUCUAUAAAUAAUGAAAGUAUAAACAAAGAAACAUUUAAUGAAAAGAAUGAAGGCAUAAUUGAUGCUAGCAAAGAGCAAGAAUUUGUUUUUAUUCAUGAUGCUGGUUUUGUUGUUAAAAUAAUAGCGCCUGGUGUUGAACCAUUUGAUAUUCAGGUGAGUUCAACAGAGUUGGUACAAGAAAUUCAUCAAAUGUUGAUGGAUCGAGAGGAGACUUGUCACAGAACAUGCUUUUCUCUCCAGUUAGAUGGAGUUACAAUGGACAAUUUUGCUGAACUUAAAACUAUUGAAGGCUUAAAAGAUGGUUCUGUGAUUAAAGUAGUAGAAGAACCAUAUACUGUGAGAGAAGCUAGAAUUCAUGUAAGGCAUAUUAGAGAUUUACUGAAAUCGCUGGAUCCUGCUGAUGCUUUUAAUGGUGUCGAGUGUAGUUCAUUUUCAUUUUUAAAUACUAUUACUCAAGGUGAUAUUUUAGAAAAGAAAAAAUGUCGUCCAGAUUCUGUGGAUUGUACACCUCUAGAUUAUAUUUUACCAUCAGUUAAUGAGUUACCAUUGCUGCCUUUGCAACCACAAUCUAAAGACCCUAAGAUUGCUCCAGCGUUAAAAGUUCUUAUGAUAAGUGGCUGGAAUCCACCUCCGGGUCUCAGAAAACUUAGAGGUGACUUACUAUAUCUGUAUGUUGUAACUGCAGAGGAUAAGCGCCUUCAUAUAACAGCUUCAACACGUGGAUUUUAUAUUAAUCAAACUACAGAUGAAGAAUUCAAUCCAAAACCUGCCAAUCCUAAGCUUAUUUUUCAUUCUCUUGCAGAUCUGCUUGGUCAGGUCAGUCCAAUGUUUAAAAGAAAUUUUAGUAUUAUUCAAAAGAAACGUACUCAGCGUCAUCCUUUUGAGCGUGUUGCAACUCCUUAUCAAGUGUAUACCUGGACAGCACCUAAUUUAGAGCAUUCUAUUGACUCAAUACGAGCUGAAGAUGCUUUUUCUUCAAAACUGGGCUAUGAAGAACAUAUUCCUGGUCAAACAAGAGAUUGGAAUGAAGAACUUCAAACUACUAGGGAGCUGCCUAGAAAAACCUUGCCUGAAAGACUUAUCCGUGAAAGAGCUAUUUUCAAAGUGCAUAGUGACUUUGUAACAGCUGCAACACGGGGAGCAAUGGCAGUUGUUGAUGGAAAUGUGAUGGCUUUAAAUCCUGGAGAAGAGACAAAGAUGCAGAUGUUUAUUUGGAAUAACAUCUUCUUUAGUCUGGGAUUUGAUGUUCGUGAUCAUUACAAAGAAGUAGGAGGGGAUGCUGCUGCAUUUUCAGCACCAAAUAAUGAUCUUCAAGGCGUUAGAGCUUAUAAUGCUGUAGAUAUUGAUGGAUUAUACACACUUGGUACAGUUGUAAUUGAUUACCGUGGCUACAGAGUUACAGCACAGUCUAUAAUUCCAGGUAUUUUAGAAAGGGAACAAGAACAUUCGGUUGUUUAUGGAUCUGUAGAUUUUGGAAAAACAGUUCUUAGCCAUCCUAAAUAUCUUGAAAUGCUCAAUAAAGCUGGUCAAUCUUUAAAAAUUCUUCCUCAUUCAGUGCUGAAUGAAAAAGAUGAAGAAGUUGAACUGUGCUCUUCAGUUGAAUGCAAAGGAAUCGUUGGAAAUGAUGGUAGACACUAUAUUCUCGAUCUUCUUCGAACAUUUCCUCCUGAUGUAAAUUUCUUAAUUCUUGAAGGUGAAGAACUUUCAAAAGAAGCUCAGGCAUUAGGUUUUCCGCGGGAGCAUAAACACAAGCUGUGCUGUUUGAGACAGGAAUUAAUUGAUGCAUUUGUUGAUGCUCGAUACAUGAUGUUCAUAAAAUUAGCUGCUUUUCAUUUACAACAAAUUGGUUUAAAGAACUACAUAAAGGACAAGCAAGCAGAGCAAGAAGAAAAUGAUGCACUAUCUACUGGUAUUUUAAAAUGUAACAACUCGGACAAAGAAACUGCAGAAAAAAAUCAAGCAGAUGAUAACCUGCAUAAUUCUGAAGAGAAAAAAAAUUCUUUAGAAACUGAUGAAUAUAAAAAAAUUGUAGAAUCUAUAACGAAUAAAGAUAAGUCUGAAGUUGAUAGUACCAGAGAAGUAAUUAAAAAAGCUGCUUUAGCUGUUGGCUCAUUAAAAGAAACUGAAUUUGAUAUCCGAUUCAACCCUGAUGUAUUUUCUCCUGGUGUCAGACAUCCAACUACGCAUCCUGAGAAGUUAUCAAAAGAAAAACAGCUUGCUAAAGAUGCUGCUGACUUCUUAUUGACUGUACAAAUACCAGGCUUUGUUCGAGACUGUUUAGAACAUUCUACUUCUCCAAUAGAUGGUGCGACUCUUACUGAAGCCUUGCAUGGACGGGGGAUCAGUAUCAGAUAUCUUGGAAAAAUUGCUGAUAUGGUGGCCAAAGUUCCUCAGCUGCAAUAUGUGUUGAGGAUAAUUGUAUCAGAACUUUUGACUAGAGCAGCAAAGCAUUUAUUUUCACAUUACAUUCAAGGAGUUGAAACCAUGUGUUUAUCAAGUGCAACGAGCCAUUUUCUCAACUGCUUUUUAUCCUCUUGUACUUCAUUGCCAAGUCCAGUCUCUUCAGAAGAACAGCUUCAGGUCAAGUACAAGCGAAAAGGGAAACGAAAGGGUAAACAAAAUCCAUUAAGAUUUGAAGAUAAUAAUGAAUGGGCUCUUCUGUCUACUAAAACAUUUUGGAACAAUAUGAAGAAUGAGCUGCUUUCAUAUUAUGCAUGGGAGUUACCUUGCGAUUCUAUUGAUGCCAUUAUCGAACAUUUUUCUCUGCAAAAAAUAUCACUGAUGCGAUCAUUUUGCAUUAAAACUGGAAUUCAAUUAUUAUUAAGGGAAUACAACUUUGAUCAUAAAACCAAACCUACUUUUACAGAGGAUGAUAUACUAAAUAUUUUUCCUGUUGUAAAGCAUAUAAACCCAAGAGCUACAGAUGCAUAUAAUUUCUAUACUACAGGACAGAAUAAAAUACAGCAAGGCUAUUUGAAAGAAGGCUAUGAACUUAUUACUGAAGCUCUUAAUUUAUUAAAUAAUGUUUAUGGUGCUAUGCACCCAGAGAUCUCUCAAUGUCUUAGAAUGUUAGCAAGAUUAAAUUAUAUAAUGGGUGAUCACCAAGAGGCAAUGGCAUUUCAGCAGAAAGCUGUCCUUAUGAGUGAAAGAGUAAAUGGAAUUGACCAUGCCUACACAAUUUCUGAAUAUACACAUCUAGCCUUGUACUGUUUUGCAAAUUCACAAAUUACUACAGCCUUGAAGCUCCUGUAUCGUGCUAGAUAUUUGACUCUUCUUGUUUGUGGAGAAAACCAUCCUGAAAUGGCAGUACUAGAUAGUAAUAUUGGCCUCAUAUUACAUGCUGUUGGAGAAUAUGACUUAUCUUUGAGAUUCCUAGAAAAUGCCUUAAAGUUAAACAUUAAUUAUUAUGGAAGCAAGAGCCUGAAAGUGGCUGUUAGUUAUCAUCUAGUUGCUCGAACCCAAUCAUGUAUGGGUGAAUUCAGAGGUGCUUUACAGAAUGAAAAAGAAACCUACAGCAUUUACAAACAACAGCUUGGAGAAGAUCAUGAUAAAACAAAAGAAAGUUCUGAAUGUUUACGACAUCUCACGCAACAGGCUGUGGUCCUGCAAAAGAAAAUGAAUGAGAUUUAUAAAGGGAAUUCUAGUGCAAUUUUACCACCAAUUCAAAUACAACCACCUUCCUUGAGCAGUGUUUUGGAUAUGCUGAAUAUCAUAAAUGGAAUCUUGUUUGUACAAAUCAGCCAACAAGAUAUUGAAAAUUUUAGGGCUGAAUUUGAACGCCGGCAACAGAAAGACUCUGAUACUGCAAAAAAGACUGACUCGGAUAUUGAGGCAAAUAAUGUUUCAGAAAUAAUUGAAAUGCCUAGCUGUGUUUCAACAAGGUAACUUCCAGUUGAUCCUAAUUAGAAUUGCAAGCACAAAAGCUAGAUUGCUUUUUUUUUCCCUCUUGUGGAUAACUGCCAUGAGCAUUCAAGACUGUAGAACAUUUAGUAUUUCAAAGAUCAUGGUUAAAUAAAUGGUUAAAGAGAAAAUCAUGGUUAAAUAGGAAUAAAUUGAAUCUGCUUACCUGAAUGAAGGAGAAAGUGGUUAUUUCUUCUGCCAGUGCCAUGAGUGAUAUGUCCAGGAUCUUAUGUGCAAUUCAUGCAACUUAUUUGUAAUUAAAAUUUUUCAUAAUUUUUAUUAAUGUAAAAAAGCUGGCCUUUGGUCUUCGUGGUUUUUUUUUUUUUUUUUUAAAGCUUUUUUUUCUGAAAAAUUUAAAUGCAAUCAAGAAAUCAAAAGCAUCAAGUUAUAUUUUUAUGAUAAUCAGUUAUUGUUGUGUUUAAAUUAGUGUAAGGUUGUACAAACACAUGAACUGAGUUACUGAGUGGUGCCGUUUCUCUUGUGUGCUGUUUUCAUAUGGAAUUUGAUUAUUUUCAUGCACCAUCUUCAUAAUGUGAAAUUUGAAUGUGUGGAUGUAGAUAUUAGUUUGUUUUGUUUCUAAGAUAGUAGAUAAUUAUUCAGAGUAGGGACUUUAAAGCUAAUAUAAUUUAAACUUAGGAUAUUUCAUAUAUAUUAGUCUCUCUUCAAUUUCGUAUUAAAUUUUUAAUGACAUUGUUUUUGUCAGUUUUGGAAUAAUGGUUUUGACUUCAAAAUUUGCAAAGGAAACUUAGAUUUUUAUUGCAUUGUCUUAGGAAUGAGGAAAAUCUUUUCUUUGCUUAGUAUAUUAAAUAGACUAAGAUCUGAUCUGGUUUUUGAUUUAUUAAUUUAAUUUGCUCAAUCUUUUACAUGUAUUUGUUUCUUUUGAACUACAAAGCCUUAUCUUUUAAACCAAUCGAACAAGUAUUUUGUGUAUGUUUAAUUAGAUAUUCGCAAGAUCAAUAUGUAUUUCUUUUAUUCUUUAUUUGUACAUUCUUUGUUUUCGAGUAGCGAGAAUGUUUUUUGUGAAAUUCUUCCAUAUCUGCAUACAGUCAUUUUUAAAACUGCAUGGAUUGAUUUCUUUGAAAGUUGAAACUAUUUAUUAUUUUUAAUAAAAAUGUAUUUAAAAAUGUGAUUAAAUGUAGAAUAUAAGUAAUUUAAAAAUGUUAUGUUGCAAGCUUGAAGAAAAAAAUUAAAAAAAUUUGUUAUUUAAGUUUUCUAUAAUUCGAAAAUUAGCUGUACUAUAUAUUUGUAUUUGUAAAUGGCAACUGUUUCAACUGAAUUCUAAUGUGAAAGCUGCAGUAAGUGUUGACCUUUAUGAAAUAUAUGUUUUCCGAAAAGUGAACUGUAUUCUCCUGGUGUGUGCAUAAAAUAUCAUUUAAAAAUCAAGAAAAGAUAUGGUACUUUUGAUUAUAUGCAUCCCUACAAAAGGCUGCUAAUUAAUAUGCAAUUUUGUGAACUGCAAAAUGUGUAAUCAGCUAUCUUUAAAGCUUAUAGGUAUGGCUUUGUUCAUAAAUAGAUAUAGAUAUAUAGAUAUAUAUAUAUAUAUAGCAAGCAGAUUCUGUUCAGCUGUGUCCAUCAUUUAACUUUUGUCAAUGUCAGUACUUGACAAUUCAUAUUAAAAACACAAUUUCAAGUAUCAGAUGUGUAAAUCAGUAUCAUCAUUGUUGAUGAAUUAUAUACAUUAAACGAGCAUAGCAUUUAAUUUGUAGGAUUUAAAUAAAUAAAGCAAUUUUCAUAAUAAUUUUUGCUAUUGAUAGUCAGGUAUAAUUUUUGCUAUCCGCUACCAAAGACUGCAUUUUUACUAGAAGUAAUUUAAUGUUGAAACCGGGGGUGCAGAUAAGCAGAAAGUACCAGAGCUAUUCUUCACAGGUAUGCUCAAGUUUCUGUGUGUUGAUAUUAAGAAUAUGUUUACCAGAUUAAUAUAAAAAUUUGAUAAUAAAUGUGCUAACUUUUUUUACACUUGGAAGAAACUGAUAAAAAUUCCUUAGUGAAAGGCUGAAAAAAAAAAUAGUCUAUAUUGUUUGACUUGUUAUAAAUCUGUAUUAAAAAUUUAAAACGCUUUUAUUUUAAUAUAAUUUUGAAUUGUUUCCUUAAUAUUUUUAUUGGAUUAGUAAAUUUUUGCCAUUAAGACCUAAUCUUACAUUGUUUGGCAUUAUUUAUCACUUUUUAUACUUGUUUGAAAGAAAUUUUAUUAGAAUUUGUGUACAAUAAUCUUUGUAAAUAUGGGAAAAUUUGCACAAUUUAUUGCAGCAAAUACAAAUGAAUAAUUUUACUGUUAUUGCAGUUUUUAAUACUUUGUAAAAUUAUGUGCAAUAUUACAUUUGUUAUUUAUUUAUAGUAUGUAACAAAUGUAUAAAAAUCUGUAUUUAAUGAAAUUUUGCAUAAUUAUUUUUAAAAGGUAUGGUUUUGUGAAAUUUUCUUGAUAUAAGCUAAAACAAAAAUUGUUGAUUUUUGUAAUAAUUCAGGACAUAAAAUUUGCAUGAAGCAAUUCUUUCUAGAAAUCUCAUGGGACCUAAUGUUUUACUGUUGUAAUACAAAUUUAAAAUAAAAGUUUGUAAAAAUA